UGAAGUUGAAGCCUGAGGCCGCAGAGGCAGAGGUGGGCACCGCAGAGGAGAAAGGCGAUACGCGGGUGCACAGGCUGCUAAUGUUGCUCACCUACUGAUACAAGUUGAUUGAUUGGAUGAUCUGCUUGCACCCGCAUCAUGGCACUCUUGGCACUGCUUGCGGGCCGGCAAGCCACAAGGCAGGCUUCGGAAGCUUCCAGCCGCCUCUUCUCAAGUCUGGAAGGCGAUCUGCUGUUGAAGAGCCUGCAUGCUGAAUCACUUGGGUCUCAAAUGACGGGGUUCUUUGCGAGGCAGCACACAUCGAGUGCGGGAGCCUUGCGAGAAAGGCUUCUGGAAGGAGGGGGAAAGAGGGCAUUCACGAGCGGUGUGGGAAAGGUGCUGGCUCCGUUUGCUGCAGAUGCUGCUGUUUCUGUUUCGUCCGGGGUACUCUCACAUCCCUCUGCCACCAAGCCGCUGGCGCUGUCCAUCGCGUACUGGGGCCGGUGCUACUACGAGCUUUCAAAAGCGAGGUUGAGUGCCCUGGUUGUCGCCACUGCUGCUGGAGGGUAUAUCAUGGGAAGCGGCGAGGUGAUUGAUUGGGCCGGCCUGGGGUGGACCUCUCUUGGCACAUACAUGGCCGCUGCAUCAGCCAAUGCAUUCAAUCAGGUCAUCGAAAUUUCCAACGAUGGCCGGAUGAGAAGGACGAUGCGGCGGCCGCUGCCCUCUGGCCGGAUGUCCAGAGCACACGCGCUGAGCUUUGCGAUAACGAUGGGCGUCGGAGGCGUGUCGUUACUUGCUUCCAAGACGAACCCUCUGACAGCGCAGCUCGGAGCUGGCAACAUCGGUCUCUACGCCCUUGCGUACACCCCUCUGAAGCAGAUUCACCCCAUCAACACCUGGGUCGGUGCCGUGGUGGGAGCCAUCCCGCCGCUUAUGGGAUGGGCUGCGGCGGCCGGACAACUAGACCCGGGCGCCGCAGUGCUGGGCGCCGCGCUCUAUUUCUGGCAGAUGCCGCACUUCAUGGCGCUCGCGUACAUGUGUCGAAACGACUAUGCAACCGGAGGGUACAAGAUGCUGUCGCUGGUUGACAAGACGGGGCGCCGCGUCGCAGCGGUGUCGCUCCGAAACUGCCUGUACAUGGUUCCUCUCGGCUUCCUGGCGCUUCACUAUGGCGUCACCUCUUCCUACUUCACCUCAGAAAACGUCCUUCUCACGGGUUGGCUCGGCUUAUCAGCGGCCGCCUUCUACCGCACCCCCAGCCCUGAAACCGCGCGCAAGCUCUUCCGCCACAGUCUGCUUUACUUGCCUCUCCUUAUGGGCGCAAUGUUCCUUCACAGAAUACCGAACAAAAACGCUCAGAGCCACGACGCAAAGCAAAAUUUAGACGUCCCACUCUCGCUAGAAGCGAGCAGUAGUAGUCGAGAAGAUUCACAUGAAGCCAGUCGGAAGAAGCAUUGUGAGAGCUUCGUGCUGGAUGAAGGAAGGUGGGGCCGUUCCAGGCAGCAGUAUGACGUCGUCGGUAGGCCACCGAUAGCGUUUCUCUCUGCAGCACCGUUUCCGUUCUUGCCAGUUCCGGACUUUGCUAGCAGGUAAUAAAUUGCGAGCAAGUGUCUCUGCGAUUCGUUUGCAGCCGGGAAACUUGGUUAUAAAUUCAUAUUCGCCAAUGGCAAAGCGACGCGCAUCUAUAGCACACUUCAAAACGAUAGCAACCUGAUAUUGGACACGCCUCAUAUAGCCGUAGCAAGCUGUGGAGUCAAGAAGCAAGCCCCCGGCCUUGCUGAGACGUGCUCCACGGCCAUGGCGGCAAAUCAGCGUUAGGAAUUGGAAGUUACCAUUGCAAAUGACUCAAAAUGGGGCAUACACACUUGAUGGAUGCGACGUGUCCCUCGAUCCACCAAUAACAUACACGGAGGCAGGAGUGGGGGGGAAAUCAGGUGAAGGCUCUUACCUAACUGCCAAUGAUGGCUGCCAAGCAAAAUUGUCAAGCUCGUGUAGCACAUGAACAACA